CGGGGUUGGUGGAGGCGGAAGUGCGAGGGGCCUGGAGGAGUCAUGGGGGUGAAGUUGGAGAUCCUGAGGAUGUUCCUGUACCUGUCCUUCCCCGUGGCCGUGUUCUGGGUCUCCAACCAGGCCGAGCUCUUCCAGCGUCACGUGAUCGACCGUAAGAGGGAGAUUUUCCCGCCGGACACCCCGGAACGGCGCCAGGCCAUGGCUGAGAUGAAGCAGCGGCUGCGGGAGAGGAAGGGGACCCAGGCCUGAGGGACAGCGGGGACACGGUGACACCGUGG